AUGUUAGGUGUUGUUAAGCUUUACUCCUUUGUCAAAGUACUGGAGGACGACUGGCAUGCAGUCAUGCAUGGAAUCCCCGUCAGCUAUGGAUCACAAAAGACGAAGGAUGUAGGCCUCUCGAUGGGAUUAGCACCUAAACGUAAGCGGAACCAUGAGCCACCAAACGAUGGCCGACCACCUGAUACGACAGACGCAAUGACAAAGCCAGAUAAGAAACGAAUCAAAAUGGGCCGACCACUGAAUUCAAAGAACUUCGAAAAGGGCCAAUGGUCCAGCUACGCAUCUUACCACGCAAUCACUAAAAAUCCAUCAAAGUCCAAUCAAUGUUGGAUGGUGGCCGCCAUGGAAAGUCUCUAUGCUCUUUUCAGCCCCUUGUGGCUUCGUGGCAUCAACGGCACUGGAAACGACCUCUUCACCAUCUUAGUUCAGCAUUUCAAUUCUCGAGUCACCUACGAACUCACGCUUAAAGGAAUCAUCCGCUCCACACUCACUCGCAAUCAGUCUAAGCUGUUUGAGGCCGCAAGUUUGAAAUACCCGGGUCAAUUUCUCCCAGGAGCUUUUGCGUCGUGCGACUUCUUCCUUGAGCUCUUUCAACUCAACGAACACCGUGAAUUCACAUGUGAAGCCAAACGUCAAGACAAGCAAUCACAUCCUAAUCGACAGGACCGAUUAAUUUAUGUCUUGACCGUCAGGACCCCCAUGUUUGGCGAAAACCGAAUCCCUUACAGCAAUGUCCAGAAGCUCAUCCAGAUGUGGCAAACCACUGGAGUUCAAACUCUCUCUGGAAUCGUGUGCAAAGAGUGCUGCACAUCUAACACCUCCCAGCCUUCGGAACCAAAUAAGAACCGUCGAAUUAAAAAGGUGGAUUUGCAGAUAGCAGUCGUCGAACCACUACCAGAACCCUCACAAGCGAAUCUCCACUAUCUUAUCGAUACCUCGUUCCUCACUUUUAAGCAAAGUCCCCCACCACUUCACCUCUAUUUCCACCUUGACGUGACCACAACCAGUGAUAGUCACACUAGGCGAGACUUUGUGGAUAGUACAAAUUGGCCUUUCCACUUAUCUGUUGGGGGGAGUACUUACACCUUGUUCGCCCGAGGAUACUAUUCUGGGAACCAUUACUGGUGCAAAGUCCUGCGUAGUGCUGUAGGUACCAUUGGGAUAUGGCUGCACAAUGAUGCGGAAAAUGAUGGAUACGCUCGUCUGAUCAGCCACGUUCCCAGUUCUAUUGCUGGCCCAUCCCCCUCCACGAGCUGA